AUAAAAUAAGCAACAUAUGUCAUAACUUCUCUCCAAGAUGGUAUCAUUUGCUGUUCCUAUCGUAGUUUCGAACCACAAGUUAAAGUGAAUUCAAGGUGCCAAGUAUUAUUUCAUGAUAAUUUCAUGAGCAAACUAAAGCAUUGCCAGACGACUUUGCGUUAUAGAUUUUAAAUAAUGACAUCAUUUUAGUGCUGAGUAAUUACUCCAAUAACGAGGCCCUUAAAAAUUUGAUAUAAUUGUAUAUGGUAAAACCUCUAUUCUAAAUGAAUAGGCAGGAGUAGAGUAUUAUAAGGAAUGUGAAGAUCGUGCACAUGAAUACUUUGAAAUAAAGUUAAAAAACAUAUUUACUAACCCAUCUAUUUUAUAGCCAUCAGAAUAAGCCAAAUAAAGUACACCACCUGAAAAGAAGAAAAUUGAAGUACCCGUAAUAAAUGUACAGUAAACUUCGUAUUCAUUUAUGAAUAAAUCAAAGACAUCAAAAAAAUCUGAUAAUAAUAUACUUUCAUUUAGUUUUUAAGAACCUGUUGUUGAUAAAUUUUUUUAAUGUGGUUCAUCAAUUAAUAAGAAUCCAAGUAGUUAAAGUUUUAGUAAGAUAAUAAAAAAUACAGAAAGUAGUCGAAGUGGGGAUGAAGAGGAAUAAGAAAGACCUCAAUAAAAAAAUAUAAUAGAAUAAGAAAAGGAAGAGAAAAUUAAAGAAAUUUAAAAUUAGGUUUUUGAGGAAUAAAUAAUAAUUUAAACAGAAGGUAGAGCAAAAGAGAUAGCCAGUUAAUUUAAGAAAUAAGAAAGAAGAAUAUCGUAGGUAGUAAAAUAUGAAAUGAUUAUUCAUUAGUAAAUUGAAGCAGGUAUGAAUGCAUAAGAAUCUAAUAUAUAAAAAAGAAUGGAAAUGAGAAAGCUUAGAUCCUAAUUUUCAUUACAUAAUAUAAACAAAGCUUAAUCUACACCAACAAUUAAACAAUUUGAUUAACAUAAGACUCCAUAAGAUGAUCCUAAUUGUAUUCCAGAAGAAACAAAUGAAAUAGGUAGUGGCAAGUUAUCUUCUAAUAAGAAACAUGUAGAAGUUAAUUAAUUUUAAUUUAAUGAUGAGUGUAAAUGAAACCCUAAC